AUGCUUACUCAGGAAACUGACGAAACACCUGCCAUUAUCAUUGACAACGGGUCUGGGAUGGUCAAGGCUGGAUUCUCUGGCGACGAUGCGCCUCGAUGCGUCUUUCCGUCGAUCAUCGGCGUGCCAAAGCACCAGGGCGUCAUGAUUGGAAUGGGACAGAAGGACAGCUACGUUGGAGACGAGGCACAGUCGAAGAGGGGGAUCCUGCAACUGAAGUACCCGAUCCGCCACGGGGUAGUGACGAACUGGGAGGACAUGACGAAGAUCUGGCACCACACGUUCUACAACGAGCUGAGGGUGGACCCGUCUGAGCAGUCGGUGCUGUGCACUGAGGCGCCCCUGAAUCCAAAGGUGAACAGGGAGAAGAUGUGUCAAAUCAUGUUUGAGACGUACAACGUGAGGAGGUGGUACAUGCAGAUCCAGGCGGUGCUCUCUCUCUACGCGUCAGGAAGGACGUCUGGGCUCGUCCUCGACAGCGGAGACGGCGUCUCCCACGUCGUCCCAAUCUACGAGGGCUACUCUCUUCCGCAUGCCAUCAUGCGCCUGAAUUUGGCUGGCCGCGACAUCACGCACUUCCUGGCGAAGAUUCUGACUGAAACUGGGAUUUCGAUGAACACGACGGCUGAGAUUGAGAUCGUCAGGUGCAUCAAAGAGAAGCUCUGCUACGUCUCGAUGGACUACGAGGCGGAAUGCACCAGCAACAAGGCGGAGGUCGAGUACACGCUGCCAGACGAGUCGGUCGUGAAGAUCGGGUCGCAGCGAUUCCGUGCCCCUGAAAUCAUCUUCAACCCAAAGAUGAAUGGGCUCGAGGCCCAGGGGAUCCACGAGGCCAUCUACGCGUCGAUCCAGAAGUGCGACAUCGACAUCAGAAAGGACCUCUUUGGGUCGAUUGUUCUCAGUGGCGGAACCACCUGCUACAAGAACAUGGCAGACCGAAUCAAAAAGGAGGUGUCGAAGUUGGCUUCACCAGCAAUCACCGUCAGAGUCAUCUCGCCUGCUGAGAAGAAGUACAGCGUAUGGAUCGGUGGAUCGAUUCUGUCGUCGUUGAGCACGUUCCAGACACUUUGGGUCACAAAGGAGGACUACGAUGAGCUCGGUGCUGAGAUCGUACACAGAAGGUGCUUUUAA